AUGAUAUUGUGUACAAUUUUACUAAGAUCAAUAUCAAAUGAAGUGACUAGUGAGACUCCAAACAAUAGAAAACUGGUAAAAUGUUUCUAUUGUCAUAAAUGCGGAAAAUUCUUUACAACAUUUCUGAAGCUCCACCUUCACGCCCUAAAUUAUCCUGGACAUAGACAUCUAUUUCGUUGUGCCAUUUGCAACUAUAUAGUGGGAUCGGUUUUGAUUGAAUUGCUUCAUCACAUUAAGCAGUUUCAUGACUGUGAUACAUUUAAUCGUGUGGAAGAAAAAAUUGUAGAAAACGAGCCUGAGGUGAUACGUUAUUAUUGCGCAAUUUGCGGCAAAGGGAUGUACACAUUGUACAAUUUGCUGAUACACGAUAAAGACCAUCAAGGUGAUCUUUUAUGCUGUGACGUAUGCCCUAAACAAACAGCUACAUUUUUAAUGUUGAUGUCCCAUUAUAAAGACCACACAGUACCAGGACAUAUGUAUUUACCAUGCCAAAUGUGUCCAGUGAAAUUCUAUCAUCCAACGCCAUUGAAACUACACUAUUACACUGUGCACAAACACAUUUUAAACAUACCUUACGAAUGCAGUUUGUGCUUUAUUAUUAUAUUUGACAACGAAGAAAAGUUUCUUCAUCACGUACAAGCUCAUACGCUUUUAAAUUUAGGAAUAAAACCGAACAUGCGUAGAAUAGAUGUGUCCAAAUUGACUUGCGAAGUGUGCGGCCGAAUAUUUGACACUAUUGCCGAGUGCAAAGGACAUAGAACUAGAGUGCAUCAACUGAAAGAAAAUGCUGAAGGAACUUGUCCGAUUUGCCAAGUAUCGGUGAUUUUAGCAGAUAUGUCUACUCAUUUGACUUUGCAUACAAAAUGCAAAGUGCGUAGUUUUUUUCUUGAAUUUCCUAACAAGGUUGCACCUACUAAAAAAAAUGGAUUAGCAGCUACUCAGUUUGCCAAACCAGAACCUUUACCAGGAACUAAGGUAUCGAAAAAUGCAAGAAAGAAGGCAAGGAGGAUUAUUGAUUCUAUAUUAGUAGGGCAAGACGAACAGUUAGCUCUUGAUCGAAUUGCUCAACCAUCUACAUCCAAACCAAAUCCUAUUUGCAAGCCCAACCCAACUCAACCUUUACCAUCCACAUCAAAACAAACCCACCCUUAUGAGCCCAAACCACCAAUUCAAAUUAAUUUUCAAUCUGAUCUAAUUCAAUCCAAACCAACAUCUUACGAGCCCAGAAUACCACCAGCUAUUCAACUUGCAGAACCAAAAGUGCAAGCUGAUGUCGAUGCAAGAAGAAUCAUUUUAAACCAACAACCUCAAGCGGAAAUUAGGAAAACGAAAAAAGGGAGACAGAGGGCGAGAAAAAGGGAAAGGGAUAAGGAAUGGAAAAGGCAAAUGGCACUGAAUAAUUCUAAAUUAGUCGUGCCAGAAAAACCAACUCAACCUCUACCUUCUACAUCCAAACCAACUCAACCAAUACCUGCAUUGCAACCAAUUCAACCGUUAUUUUCUACAUCCCAACCAACUCAAUCUUUACCAUCAACAUCAAAACAAUCUGAACUUUACGAGCCCAGACCACCAAUUCGAAUUAACAUUAAAUCUGGUCGAACUAACGUGAAAUGCACCAAAUGCGAUAAAUCAUUCGCUCUUACUUUUUCCUUGAAUGAACACAUGAAAGAGCACAUUUUGCCGACUGAAUCUCAAAAUGACAUGUUUUUGGAAUGGAAUUCCGGUACUGAAUCAGCAGAAAUGGUAGAUCUGACAUCGUCGCCGCGUGAUCAACGUGAAGAUGAUGGCAGUAAUUGUGUAGAUGGAACAAUAUCUAAGAAAUAUGUUGAAGAUACAGUAGAGCCUAUUGCGGAUCUUAAUUCUCUAGAUUAUAUACAGCAUUGUUAUGGAAUGGAAUAG